AUGUCAUCGAGCAAAGAUAACGUUGGCUUAUUUGGUGACGCCCAGAUUUUUGAAAUUAAAACUUCAGAUGACGAGGGAUCAUCAAACAAAGUUACCAAGAAGAGGAAGCUAAGAAGACUUGUAAAGGCGUCUGACGCAGACGCAAAGUCCAAGAAGAAGAAGCCACACCCCGAAACAGACGGGAACCCAAUUCCCGAGGUAAUCCCCGUUACAGAGCGGCAUCCGGAAUGGUUUAAACCGAUCGAGGCCUCACUGGAGAAGAAGAACACUGUCGAAGACACUGAUGGGUCAUCGACGUACACUGCUGCAGCCGCCAUAUAUCAUUUUGGGGACACUAUCAUUGAGGAUGUUGCAGUGACCUUGACGGAAGAGGAAUCGUUGAAAAUGUUGACCACCUCGAUGGCUAGCAUUCUUAUGCGAGAAAAGAAAUUGAAACAAGAGAUUGCUAGUUUGCGACUUGAAAAGGGGCUCCUCGAGCAAGAGAAGUUAACCCAUGAGGAGUCGAUAAAGGAGGAGCAGGCCAUGAGGUUUGCCAAGGAGAAGGAGAUAGCCACGGUUCAGGCCAUGUACAGGGAGGUUGAGACCAAGCUGACAGAAUAUAGAGAGUCCCACGUUCCCAAAUCAGAUCUGCGGGAAUGGAUGACUGCCUUUUGGGCUAGAAUAGUGCCAACUGGUGCAUUGGCAAGCAUCCUGAUGGGCAUUAGUAACAAUGCCAAGGCGUUGGGUGGACAUGGUGUAGCUGUGGCAGCUCUCGAGAGGAUGGAAAGCGGAAGGACUAUCAAUGCUGGAUGGCUUCAGCAAUUCAUAAAGCUGCAUCCUAAGGAGACUCUCCAUGAAGCCAUAAAGAAUGGACUGCAGCAACUCUUUGAUGGUCAACUUCCACUGUUCAGGCCAUUACGCAGUGCCGUUGCCCAGAUGGGUUCAUCAACAGAGAUCGCUUCUUUUGAAGGAGAUGCCCCUACAGUGCUUCCUGUUGAUCUUGGAGAAGAGGUACAUGUGCCGAAGCUGGCCUCAGAUUUUAUCGGUGUUGAGGUGGUAUGGGAAGAAGAUUCCUCGAAGCAAGUCGAGGAAGACGAGAAGAAUGACCAGGAGCCUGAAAAGGAAGGGACGUCAAUGCACACCCCUGUUAACGAGACAAACGAAAAAGCCAAUAUUAGUGAGGAGAUGGAGAAGCUGAAGAAAGAAAAUGCUCGGCUGAGGAAGCGCGAGAAUAUUGUUGUGUCCCCAUGGUUCCUCGAAAAAUUUGACACGCUUGCUUUAGUUGAGGCACAGAUAAAAGUUUGUAUAGAACGCUUUAUUCCUGCAAUUGACCUUCUAAAGAAGAGGACCAAAGAGGUAGAGUUCAACUUGAAGCAGGCUGCCAUUCUACAGAACAUACUGGUGGACCACGAGAUUUCAUUACCCAUUCUCGAGGAUCUCGACCCAGAUGAUGAAGCAAAAGAAAAGGUAGCCGCCGAGGAGUAUCUUCUUAGAAUCAAUGAACAAGAUUGGGAGAUCCUAGAUUUAAAAGAUAAACUAAGCCCAUGCCUCCAUAGGCUCAGGGUGAUGGGAUGUUCUGGCGUUUUUAAGCCUUCCCGAUUCAACCUUAAGGGGACAUAUCUCAAGAUUUAA